AUGCGGUAUGGCACCUGGGAGCUUUUCGACCGUGGGAUGCUCUUGGCAGCUCUCGCAGCCGGUGUGGAGCUCCAGGGCCUCCAAAGUCUCAUAAGGUUGGAUCAUUUUGAAGAGGUUCCUUUCCGAGUGGCCGUUGCUCUGUCCGGCACCCCCUGGGCCGAUUUCGCAGAUCUGCUGCCACCACCUCAAAUUCCGUGGGUGCCACCACCAAGGCUCGGAGAAUUUAUUCUCAAGGUGGACAUCAGAAGCAGGACCCUUCAUUUGUGCAAAGAUCUGCUGGAAAACGUUCAGAGAGCUGGAAUCUCCUUAGCUGGUUUCAAGGUCCAAGUGCACUGCAGGGGACGCUCCGAUGUGCUAUCGCUUUUGGAUAUUGCGAUUCUCUUUGGGCAAUCGGACUGCGCGGCCUUGCUUGCUCGCGCGGGCGCAGAGGUGUCGGACUACGGCCGCGAACUUCUGCGGGCGAGUGGUGCUCUGGAUCCGGGUUGCCGGCCGGCAGCGAGGGCAGCAGCCCACGCGGCGCUGUCAAAGCUGUGGAAAUCGGAGAUUGCUGCCAAAGGAAUCGCCAUCUUCCAAGCCAUGAAGAAGCUUUCUCAGGGAAGAUCUUUUCCAGCUUGUUUGGUGGAUGAGGUCAUGGCUUUAUCCCUCAAUGUGCCAAGGAUCAUCAAUGAUUUGGAUCUGUCGGACGAGGCAAAAGCUUGGUGCAAGUCUGUGUGCUUGCACUUGGCACUGCAGGCGGACCCUCACGAAGAGGAAGCCUGAUUGAGAGACUCGGCUAUAGAGUCGGCCGACUUUCCCUCUGAUGUUCUAACCAUUUGUUCCUUCCUUUUCC